AUGGCCACCAACUUCUGGUCCAGCUCCCACUACAAACGAUGGAUCGUCGACAGGGCCACCCUCCACCAGGCCCGCUACUACGACCUCCAGUAUGCAGACAGCCCGGAGCAUCUCGGCUUCCUCAACAUAUUCUUCGCCAACCUCAUAUCCAAGCUCGGCAAGAAGCUGCAACUCAGACAGAGGGUUAUCGCCACUGCGACCGUCUUCUUCCGUCGAUUCUACGUGAAGAACUCCUACUGUGAGACCGACCCCUUCAUUGUCAUCGCCGCCUGCUGCUAUGUUGCUGCCAAGGCAGAAGAGGCUCCCGUGGCCAUCAGGAGUGUCGUCACUGAGGCUCGCACACUCUUCGGAGACGAAUACGGCAUAAAGACUUUCCCCUCGGAUAACUCCAAGUUGGCCGAAAUGGAGUUCUACCUCGUCGACGAACUCGAGUGUGAUCUCACCGUCUUCCAUCCCUACCGCACGCUCGUGACGCUAUGCGGAAAGGAGGGAGGUGUCUCCCUCCCUCAAGCAGAGGCAGGUGAAGCCGACGCGGAUGAUUCCGACGGCCCUCGAUACUGGGGGACGGGAGAAGGCAAAUUAGAACUACAGGAAGGUGCGCUGCAAAUGGCAUGGUAUGGUCUUCCCUACUGUCCUUCCCCGCAGGCGCAAGAUGCUCAGGCUCCUGUCAGGUUCAUCAUCAACGAUACAUACCGCUCUGAACUCUGCCUCCUGUAUCCUCCGCAUCUCAUCGCUAUCGCCGCUAUCUAUUUGACCCUCGUCUUCCAUGCGCCGACUCGCGCCUCUAUCCAGCAACCCGCUUCAUCAGCCCCUUCACACUCUGGCUCAUCCCACCAUAGUCAUUCUGGUUCUCCCACACGUCGCUCUUCUCGCUCUACGACCCACAGCCAGAAGAAACAACAGCAGCCACAAGACGUCAUAGGUUUCAUGGCUGGACUCAACGUCAGCAUGACUCUUGUCGCCACCAUCGCGCAGGAGAUCAUCUCGUUGUAUGCGCUCUGGGAUCGGUACAGCGAAGAUGUCCAUGCGGAUUCGGCAAGGUCGUCGUUCCUGCACAAGUCGGGCAGCGCCAGUGGCGGAACGCGAAGGGGCGGGGUCAAGGCUGGGAGAAGUGCUAGCGUUGUCAGCAGCGGGACAAUCACUAGUGGGAAUACCCCGUCUACACAGGACGACAGCGCGCAGAACGAGAUCGUCACUCCGAUGUCAUUAGUACAGCUCCUUCUGCGAAUGAGGGAGCAGCGUAUGACAGACUUGGCACAUCCACCCAGUGGUAGACCAGUUGCGGUGAAUAAGAUGCUAGAACGGACACAGGCAGCCGGUUGA